AUGUGUAAGGAAGACGAUUCUAACUUGCCACCACGCACUCCAAAGGGUCUUCCACCUCCAGGAGAAAAGCCAAUGAAGCCAGAAGAUACACUCGCAACACCAAAUCACAAGUCUAAACUCACAAGCGAUCCAAAUGUUAUCCAGAAUAAGGAAAAGUUCGAAGAUGCUCCAUUAUCAGACAUCACCGACUCCCAGAAUUAG